GUGGAGAAGCUGAAUCAGCAGCUGGCUGCGAAGGAACAGGAGCUGGAGCAAUUACAAAACGCAAAUGAAGAAAAGGAGCGUGCCCUGAAUGCAUUGAACGAUGAGGUGGAGAAGCUGAAUGAGCAGCUAGCUGCGAAGGAGCAUGAGCUGGAACAAUUACAAAACGCAAAUGAAGAAAAGGAGCGUACUCUGGAUGCAUUGAACGAUGAGGUGGAGAAACUGAAUGAGCAGCUGACAGCGAAGGAACAUGAACUGGAGUUCCUCCGCGGUUCUGAUGAGGAGAAGAGUCGUGCACAUGAUGCUUUAAAUGAUGAGGUGGAGAAGCUGAAUGAGGAGCUAGCUGCGAAGGACCAUGAGCUGGAACAAUUACAAAACGCAAAUGAAGAAAAGGAGCGUGCCCUGAAUGCAUUGAACGAUGACGUGGAGAAACUGAAUGAGCAGCUGACAGCGAAGGAACAGGAGCUGGAGCAGCUGCGCGGUUCUGAUGAGGAGAAGAGUCGUGCACAUGAUGCGUUGAACGAUGAGGUGGAGAAACUGAAUGAGCAGCUGGCUGCAAAGGAAGAGGAGCUGCAUCAGCUGCACGCUGCGAAUGAUGAGAAGGAGCGUACCCUGGAAGCAUUCAAUGAUGAGGUGCAGAGGCUCAACGAGCAGUUGGCUGAAUUGCAGGCAGAGAACGAAAAGCUUCGUGCCCACGAUGAUCGCUGGGUACCUGAGGGAAGUCGUAGUUCUGGUAGGCGCACUACGUCUCAUCACCGGAAGGAGUUUGACGGUGAGGGUUGGGAUCAGGUGCUGGAAUCGCAGCCUGAGGAG